AAACAGCAUAUGUUGAAUACCCUAGAUCAUAGCAUGUGCCUUUAUAUAACGCAUUGCUUCUUCAGCAGCAUAAUAAUCAUUCACACACACAGUAGUAGUAUAAUAUUUUCCUUUGGCAUUAAUUUUGAGUGUAGAGUGAGAGAGAAUAACAGAAAGAUGGGCAAUAUAGGAAAGAUAGCGAAUAAUGUAGAUGCAGAAUCAUCAAAAGUAGUAAUGCCUUUACCUCUACUUUCAAUGAACCAUGUCUCUUUUGUAUGUAGGAAUGUACAAGAAUCUGUGAAAUUCUAUGUAAAUAUACUCGGAUUUGUCCUUAUUAAGAGACCAUCUUCUUUCAAAUUUCAAGGAGCUUGGUUAUUCAACUAUGGCAUUGGCAUUCACCUGCUAGAGUCAGAUAAAGUUGCAGUGAGAAGAGGAGAGAUCAACCCGAAAGAAAAUCAUAUUUCGUUUCAGUGCUCAGACAUGAAGAUUAUAAUGGACAAGCUUGAUGGAAUGAAGAUUGAAUAUGUGAGAGCAGUUGUGGAAGAAGGUGGAAUUGAAGUUGAUCAAGUGUUCUUUCAUGAUCCAGAUGGUUAUAUGAUUGAAAUAUGCAACUGCCAAAAUCUACCUGUACUUCCUAUUUCAGCUUGUCCUCUAAACCAACCCAAUAAUAGAAAAAUUCAAGCACCAGUACCCUUUGAAGGAAAGAAAUGUUCUGCACAGGAGUCUUUGUUGAUGAUGGAGAAAUUGAUGAUAGAUUUGUUUUGGAUUUCAAUAUGAGCAUUUUCUUGGGAUUUACAUAAUUUCCCUAAUCAUUUUGUACAAAAUUUUGUGUGAAAGCAUU